CCUCAUCAUCAUGCACAAUGCAUGUGGCGCAGAGAAUGUGGUAUUGAACAAGACGACUUGUCAUGUGGGCAGUUAGCAGAGUGUGACACUGUGUGAGAGAGUUCGAAGUUUUGUCACAUUUGUCAGCAUUACCUACUCUAUUCACGUGCACGCAUCUGGCAAUCUCACCUUGGACUUGCACGACCUUACCCAGCUCUUGGUUUUCUCUAUCCGUUACCCAAUCAAUUUGUUUAUUCUGAAACUUACUCCUCUAUCAUCAAUAUCUGAGCUUCGAUUUGAACAAAGUUGCCUGUCAUGACAGUCCAAGGCGAACAAGCAUCGGACAUAACGAAGCGCCCACAACGAGCAAAUGGACAUCGACUGACUCGGAGACGUAUUCCUCUAUCUUGUACAGCAUGUCGAGUUCGAAAAUUGAAGUGCAACAGAGAGAAGCCGUGCCAGAACUGCAUUGUUCGAGGCGAUGCUACUGCUGCUUCAUGUACGUAUGCCGAAAAGGCCGAGAAGAAGUAUGGCCAGGCUGGUAUAAGGUCAGACGAGGAUAUGCGGAAAAGACUUAACCGUCUCGAAAACUCAAUAUUGACUAUGAUUUCGAAUGAUGCGGAGCAUAGAGGUAGCCAAACGGAUUCGGCAAAUCAUCCAAGUCCCGCGAAUUCGACUGGUAGUCCCGGCCAUACUGGUGCUCAACGCAUAUCAUCUGACACUAGAAGUACACAUUGGGACGCUAUCCUGAACGAUCUCGGAGCUAUGAAGGAAGCUUGGAUUGAAGAGAAUGACAAGAUAGAAUUCACGAACGGUUUCGAAGAACCUGUUAUUACCAAACCCCAUCGGCCAGGUUUAUUCUCAGGCUUGACUCAACCACCUGAUAGAGCAACCAUUCUAGCAACUUUGCCGAUUAGAGAGGCAGCCGACAAGCUCGUGGUGCGAUUCUUUGAUUAUUAUAAUCCAGCAAUUCCAUCACGAUACGUUCUUCACAAGGCAACCUUCCUGAAGCAGUACAACCAGCAUUGGGUUGAUCCUUCGAAGACGAAAAUCAUUUGGAUUGGCAUGCUUUAUUCAAUGUACUGCAUAGCCAUGCAAUCAUGGAUUCGGGGAGACGAAGUCCCCCCUGAAUACGAAGGCACUGCGCCAGCCUUGGUUGAACUUUAUCGUGUCCGGACAGUCCAAUGUCUGAUAGUUUCCGACAUCACCAAACCUGUCGAAUUCAUGAUCGAGACAAUGAACUUGUAUUCUCAAAUCGAGUACGCCGAAGAAAAAGAUGGCAACAUGGGCAGCUACGUGCUAUCGGGAACCAUGUUCCGACUCGCUUUACAACAAGGAUAUCAUCGAGAUCCGUCCCAGCAUCCGAACCUUACAGUCUUUCAAGGUGAAAUGAGGCGUCGUGUAUGGUCAGCCGUCAGUCAACAUGAUCUGCUAUUUUCGGUACAUGUUGGCUUGCCCAAAUCGAUCAGAUAUGCUGAAGGCGACACACUCCCACCCCGAAAUCUCCACGAGCAUGAGUUAUACGAAGACAUGACGGAAUUGCCACCUGCUCGACCGUUAACUGAGGACACGCAAGUCUCAUAUCAAGUCUUUAAAUGGCACUUAAUGCGCGCAUACGGACGAGUUAUCGAAUUUGUGCAUCUCCUUGAACCCCAACCCUAUGAAGAUGUACUGAAAAUCGACAUGGCGCUGCUAAAUCUACGAGAAAUGAUACCGCCUCAUCUGCUGCUAGGCACUCUGGAAGAGAUGCAGAAUGAUGCUCCAGGACGGGUCAUGGAGAAAUACAUCAUUCAGCUGUUUUACAACAAAGCAGUAUGUCUGCUGCACAGAAAGUAUUGGGACGGUGUUCCAACUUCAACUGACAAGAAUACGUGGUAUUACUCGCGAAAGACUUCUGUUAUGUCAGCACUUACUCUUCUGGAACACCAAGUCUCCAUGCACCAAGCUUCAAAGCCAGGGGGAUGUCUCGGGAAGUUCAAAUGGUAUAAUUUCUCUAUCACAAACAACGACUUUCUCCUCGCAGCCAUGAUCUUGUGCUUGGAUUUGAUGAGCAUUCGAGGAACGGCCGGACGACCAGAUGUACCAGAGUGUAUCAUCAACGAGAUUGACAAGCUCAACGCUAUCAAGAGGUCCCGAGAUAUCUGGCAGGAGAUCAUUGACGAUUGCCCAGACGCUCGACGUGCAGUCAAGGUCCUGACAGGAGUCUUGGCAAAGUUGUCAACUAAGAAAUGGGAGGAUCUGAUACCUAGUGCUAAUAGUGAUACGAACUCAACGCCUGCCGUUUCGGCAUCAGCACAGAAUCCAAAUGUCGAUUCUUUGCGUUAUAGUCCUUACUUCACGGAUCAGUUUGGACUUGGAUGCUGUCUGCGGGAUCAACCUGAUACGGUUAUGGGAGAAUCGUUUAUCGAUACCAUGAGCACGGACUUGUCAACAGCAGACUUCAACUGGGACAUUUGGGAUCAAUUCAUGGCCGGUCAAACUCAACCAGACCAUGACUUCACAAACGAUAUUCAGCAACAGCAACAACAGUCCAUAUCUUAG